AUGAUGACGAUGCAGUGGGUGAUUCUGAUAGUGAUCGCAUUGGUGGGUGCUGCUGUUCAAUCUGCGGAGACGCUGGAAAUGACAUUCCGCGUCACGCAGGAGGUCAAUGCGGAGGGCAGGCCCAUCGUGUCCAUCAACGGGUUUCUGACGACGUACGGGCCGGAGAUACGGGUCCAGCAGGGCCAGUUGCUGCGGCUGACUGUGGUGAACGAGUUAUGCUCUGACGGUGGGUUUGAGAGCGAUGCUUUGACUCAGGCAUACUGCGAGACGUCAUUACAUAUCCAUGGUUUGGUUCCCUUGGAGAACAGCGUGGAUGGUGUCCCGCAAUUGACACAGGAACCGAUCCAUCGGGGGGACAGUUACACGUACACAAUCAGGAUCCCGGACGAUGCGUGUGGGACUUUCUGGUACCAUUCGCACUCGUCAGUGCAGUACGGCGAUGGGAUGAGAGGCGUGUUCAUAGUGGAAUGCCCAGCGAUGGACCAGCUCAUCAGUGACGUGGUCCGCACCAUUGGCGAUGGUGAUGUUCAACCGGGCCGUUUGGAACUGGGAACUUCGAGGACAAGUGAAUUCCCUGUUAAUCUGUCGGGUGUUCAAGAACAAGUGUUCACGCUCAGCGACUACUACUUGGAUGGGAACCUGGACAUCUUGAAGAGCAGCGUUUGGGGCCCUGAAGGCGGUCCAGACCCUCGCGUUGAGGAAUCGCUCAUAAACGGCAGUGCUCAGGACAACGUGGUAUUUCUACUGGAAGGUUCGAGCAAGUAUCUGAAACUGCGGGUGGUGAACACCGGGAUGUCCGGCACGCAGAUACUCCACCUGCUGGGUCACAAGAUAAUCGUUAUUGAGACAGAUGGGGUGCUAAUUGUACCAUUUGUGGUGGAGACACUCACGCUGGCUGUAGGGCAGCGGUACACCGUGGUGGUGAAGUUGCAAAGUGACUCUCCAGUACAACUGAUUAACGGGUGCGGCAAGAUGAUGGGAUACGUCCGGAAGACCGCUUGGUUGGCCCACAGGCCAGCAAUUGGGGAUCCCCCGAAUCAAUUGUCCGCUGAGGACAUCUCGAUUAGAAAGCUCCCCGGGUUCCAUACAAACGACCUUUACCGAGACUUCAAACCCCUAGACGCGAUAUCCGGGACAGAAUGGGUACCCCCGGAUACGACAGUCACUUUCGAGUACCAGUACGAUUCCGGGUCCUCUGUUAAACAGAAGUUUGGAACUGGGAUGUACACGGUCAACGGCCGCGUGUUCGAGGAGUAUUUCGCGGAUCCUGUACCGCUAGCGGGCUCGCAGAUUGUCGAGAUUGUGGUCAACGCUCUGGACCAUAUGCGGCACCCAUGGCACCUUCACGGCCACCAUUUCCAAGUGGUAUCUCUUGGGGGCGGUGGUGAGGGCCCACUGCGAGAUGACAACCCUCGGGCGCGAGCCCGCUAUGCCCAAGACGUGGCUCACUGGCAGGAGACCGGUGAAACACCGAUGACUCGCGACAGCAUCAACAUCGCGGGCAACAGUUUUGCUGUGUUGCGGAUCGUCACUGAUCACCCUGGUCUUUGGGCAUUGCACUGCCACGCGGAGUGGCACAUGAUGAAGGGUCUCGGCGUCGUUCUAGAUGAGCAGGCUGCUACUACUACUACCACUACCACUAAUACUAUUACUGCUACUACUACUACUGCUAAGAUGACGACAGGGAAGGGCAAGAUAGUUGCUCUUCUCGUGUACGCCCUCGUGAUGUUGCUGCUGUGCACUGCACUGUACCACCACUUCGAGGCACCCACGGUGAAGCACACGAUACAUCUUGGAGCACGGGUCUAG